AAUGUUAGUAUAUAAUGUGUAGCGAUGUUGAUUUGGCCUUCUUUAUUAUCUGCGCUGUGCGCGAGUAUCGCGUGUCUGGGCGCUGAAGGAAGUCCCGGUGCUUUGACCUUGACUCCUGCGCAGGUGUUAUUGCCUUCGACUUCUUUUUAUGAUGUAGUUGGGGGUGUGGACCCUUUACGUGUCCAUGUGCAGGUUUUACUGCGUGUUGAGCCUCGUGUUUGCGCUGUUUGGUCAGUUCAGAAUCCUGAAUUGUUGAAUUUGUUUUCUCCGAAUAAUGCUGAGUCUUUGAAUGAUUUUGGUGCUACCUCAAAUCCGGCAUUGGGUGAAAACUGUUCUAGUACAAUAUGGGCUGCUUCAAUUCGUUCUGGCCCGUUAUCAUCUGAGGCGUUACGCAGUUGGGUCUUUGCUUUUGAUCCUUCAACUGGUUCCCGUACAGGUGCUGAGGUUGUGAUAUCGCCUAUGCGUUCAAUUCAAUUUGAAACGCGUAAUCGUCGUAUUGCUGUUAACCAGGUUGCUACCCUGAAGAUCGUUGGUCACGAUGGCUUUGCUAAUACCUUCACUUCUCUUGAGGGUAUCCCCUUUGAGGCUCGUAUAUCUGACCCUGGUAUAAUGGAUAUAAUUGACAUUCGUCACGAGCCGGACGUUGCCACUCGUGCUCGUGCAUCGCUAUUGGACAAGCGUGAUCGUUUUGUUGUCGGCAAGGGUUAUGUCUUGACUUCUGAUGUGAUAGUGCUUCAAGGUCGUUCAGUUGGUAGAGCCAAAAUAUCGGUUCGCGUAUUAUUACCUGAAUAUCGCGGCAUAGUGCUUGAGGACGUUGAGUUUACAGUUUCUGAUAGCAUUGACCUUGAGCCUUCUGGUCGUGUCCUGGUGCCUCCGGGUGUUGACCUAAAGUUUUGCGUACAGAAGAUUAAACCUCAAUCUGUGAUUGAGGGUGUGUGGGACUCUAAAGUUGACUUAAGUCAAUACUCAUGGUCAGUUUCCGGUACUCACCCUGGUGUAUCGGUGCGUGGCGACGGUACUCUGCGUACUGGUAAAUCUGGCGGCAUUGACUACCGUGUAAUAUUGACUGACAAGCGCAACAUGGAGACUUUCAGCACUGAUGUGAGUGUGCGUGAUCCUGCUAGUUUGGAACUAUCCUAUGGCAGUCUCCAUCCCAUGUUUGAGUGCUACCGUUCUAAGGGCUGUGACCUGGGUUCGGGUCUUUCUUUGGAUAUGCUCUCAAGGCUACACCGUGACAUCUAUGGCCGGUGUCACGGGAGCGUAAGAUGUGGAUCUCGGACAUUGAGUGGCCCCGGGACGGUUUCAUACUUACUAUUGGGACGUGAUUACAUUUUCGACGUUUCCAUGCGUGAUAAGGACAACAGCUUGGUGUAUAUAACCGAAUCCAUUAUGCUACAAUGGUCGGUGUUGACUAGUGGCAUCCUUGAGGUUACACCUAGUGCCAAUGGCAGGUUUGCGUUGGUGCGCGCUUCGAAAGAGGGCACUGCCGAGGUUAAAGUUGGCCUGGACAAGAGCAGUACGGUACAUAUCACAUUUAAGGUAUCCGUUACCGAUCCUGUCCACCUUGAGCAUUUCGUCACUGAUGAGCUGGUUCCCACUUCAGUUGGUACCGGUAUGAAUACCGAUAAGCCAUUGGAGCCUAUAGUUGGCAGCCGUGUGCCUUUAGUGGUACCUCUGAAUGAACCCGUGAAGCUCUUACCUCGUGGCGGUUCUGGUGAGUACCACUGGCAUGUGGAUAACCCUGGUUUGUGUAACGUCAAGUUUGGCGUCUUGCGCUGCAAGUCUUAUGGCAGCACUGUCCUGACUCUGUCUGACAGCUUGAACCCGGAGAAUAUCUACAAGAUCCAGGUAAUAUCCCAGAAGAUUGAGCGUUUGGAGUUGGUACCGUCGAAUGUCCAUAUUGAAUCCGGUACAUCAUUUAAGCUAUCACUUGUUGCACACGCUGAUAUCUCUGGGAUCGCGCCUGUAUUUUCGAAAACGUGGGAUUCAGCCGCUAUAUUCUACGCCUGUAUGCCGUUAUCGUGUCAAGCAGGUUCAGAUGCAACGAAGUCUAACUGCCGUGUUGAGCAUGAUCGGUCAAUAUUAGAUUUGGUUGCCUUAAAGCACUCCGCAUUCACGUGCGGUACUCUUGAAUACCGUGCUUUACAUCCCGGUGACGCUUCAGUUACUAUAACCGUACACCACGAGUUGAUGUCUGCCCCCGAAUUGUCAGCUAGUACUGCGGUAUCAGUCUAUGAACGCCUGUCUCUCCAGUUACACUCGGACUAUUCCGCGUUUCCGAUGAAUACCGCUCCUCAGCCUUAUAUGGCAGUUCAACAGACUGGAGCUAUCCCUAAAGUACUGGCUAACGUUGCCAUUGGUUCUAAGGUACGCCUAGUAGUUCGAGGCGGCCCGCCAAUGCAUUUGGAUAAGGUCAAUGUCACUGGCUGCGGCGGCAACGCCUUGAAGCAUUUACACCUGGAGCGCGUUGACAAGAGUUCACUUGAUGUCUACUGUUUAUCGGAAACCGCUGGCGAGCGCAUUUGCAUUGGUGUUGAUAACAACGUGCGUAACGAAUAUGCCAUAAGUUGUAGACUUCCGUCAUACAUUGAGAUCCACCCCUUGGUUCCCGUGAAUAGCUAUGGCAUAGAGGAUAAUCUAAAAUACUGCAGUGGCUCUCCGGUUAACUGGGAUGCCCAUGAAGACAUUUCUUCAGGUGUAUUCGGGAGCGCUUCGGGUUUAUGCUAUAAAAAUGAAGGCAAGACUAAAUGGCAAGUUCGCGUGAACCAGUUUGGUACCCAUGCUUUCCGUGCUGUUGUCUAUGAUCCCUUUGGGAUCCCCUUGUGCCCGAUUCAUAAUUACAACCUAUCGUGGAGACCGGUAGCCCAGUUGCCAAAAGAGUCUGGAACUGCUUCAUACCAGAAGAUUGACGGGUCGAUCUACAUUAGGGACUACUCCAUAUCCACUGCGGAGGACCUAACCGUUGCUUUAGAGUGGCAUGAAUCAAUGGAACCCAAGCAACCAACAGGUUUGUCCAAGGCGUCAGUGCCUAAAAGCGUGACUGCUUUAAUAUCAAAGUCGAAGCUUUGGAAACGGUCAGCUGACCGUAAGCCCGUUUACUACCUGGAUUCAGUUUUGCGCGUUAUACCUACGUUACCACACGAGAUAUUGAUAUCAGCUGAUGAAUCCCGUGACAAGCGUGUUACUCUGUUCUUUAACCCUAAGGUGCGCUACCAAUUUGCUGUAGUGUUCGGUAGCGGCAACUAUCAGGAGCUUGGGGCAUACUCCGAUUCCAUCAAGUUGCACCAGAGUGGUACUGUCCACUUCACCUCGGCAUCUGAGUUCAUCAAGCAGGCUAAUGUCAUGGAAGGUGUGACUAAUGUCUUCCAUCCCGGUGAUGUGACUCGGCUAAUGAAGGACACUACUGUCACGGAUAUCCCCGUUCGUUACGUGAACUUUUUAUGCGCCCACCCAAGUUCGCGUACCAUUGAGAUUGUUGACAGAGGCGUACUGGGCCAGAGAUCACGUUCGGUGCUACUAAACGUUGCUAUGGUAUCAAAGCUGCAAAUAGUGAUCAGUGAGCUCCCGGAUGCUAAGGAAAUACCGUUUGAGGGUUUCAGUGAACUUAGUACACCUCAGCAGGGUAUAUCUAUGUUAAGUGUAAAGCGAGUUUACAGGUUACAUGCCAUUGCUUUUGAUUCGGAUAACAACCCUGUGUCAUACCCAUCUUUGGUGGGUCUCACUUUCUCAGUUUGUAGCAGCGGGUUGGUCAAGUUAGUGCACCCUCGCGACUUGGGUUACAGUGUCAACGGCUCUGCAAUGGCCAUUCAGUGUCUUGCGGAGGGCCGUUACACCGUCCGCGCUGAGAUUCGCAACUUUGGAACUGGCAACAGCGAUUCGGAUCGUUCAUUAGUCACGGAAUCGCUAGAGAUAACUGCUUACAAGGAAACUAAGCCUAUUCUAUCCCGUAUUCUCAUGCUCCCCAACAGUGGCGAGUUUGCCUUGUCCAUGCUUGACAGUGCAAUAGCCACUAGUUUCCCAUCGUACAAGGCUGCUUUGGAGUCUUCUAAUGAAGGCAUACUUUCGGUACAGGGUCAGGGUAAACUUGGUGUCAUCAGGUCACACGCCAUUGGUUCCUGUACUCUAACUUCCUACAUCCCUAGUGGGUCAAUGUCACCCGUCAAGUCAAUGACUCCCGUGAUUGUUGCGCUACCACAUUCGUUGUCGAUUAGUGGUUCGAACCAUGUACGUGCGGGAAGUACUUCCUUGCUGUAUGCACGUCUCCAUGACUCAAGUGGGCGUAUAUUCACUCCAGUGUUUCUCAUGGGUUCUUCAAAGGCUAGCUCAAGGUCACAUUGUACUUUUACCUGGUUUGUUUCUGGCCAGGGGGUAUUCAUCGAAAAUGGUGAGCGCUCAUCAUCGGUAUCGGGUGUCGGCCUAGGUCGUGUGACUUUGCUACUGACGUCCCCUGGCGCUGUGUAUGUCACCUUACGUGCUUCAUGCUAUCACCUGGGUACUAAACCACAGGUUGACCUAGUUGCCCCUAAACUACAAAUUGAAUCCUUCAAGCCAUUGGACAUAUUUGGCACUGGCACAACGCAGCCUGUAACCUUAUGCCCCAAUGGUUUCUACCAAAGCCUGGGCGGUGUUGUGGAUCCCGUGGCAUCAAGUGGAGCUGGUCUCCUCACUGUUGACGGCGCCUCCAUCCACACUGAGAACAAGACUGGCGAUGUCCUGUUGAAGACUUCCGACAAUCACGUGACUCACGUGCAGGUGCGUGACAUCGCCCAGCUGCACAUCGGUUCUAAUUUGGGGUCAACUGACAUCAGCGUGUUCAAGAGCGGGCGCAAGGACCUGAAUAUAGAGCUCAAGACCAAUGACGGCGCAUCGGUGCUGUGCCCUUCUGACCUCAAGUUGAAGUACAUGCUCAGUGACGCUUCGCUAUUCCGUGUGGUAUCGAUCACAGGCUCCGUGGUGUCAGUGGUUGCCAAUACUAUCGACGGCUGCUCGAGUCUGUCUCUGUUCCUUGAUGAGCACGACCAGCAGUUUGACGGUGCAAACCUAGUACACGACACCGUGCGUCUGUGUGUAGUCAAUGCGUUGACUCCUCAGGAACUCAGCGUGGUGCGUGGCUCCACUGUGCGGUACCUGGCUGGAUACGGUCGUGGUUUUGGGAUAUCCUUGGACGGUAACGGCUUGAAGCGCCGGUAUGGAUUACCAACGGGAAGCGAUAUUCGCAAAUUCCAGGAUGCAAUAAUCGCCAAGUCUGAUGCCAUCCAUGGCGAUAUUCGCGCAGACCUCGUUCGCGCGCUGGCUAAUGUUUUAACUGAUAUGGGUGCUACCCAGGAAGAAGGUUGCGAUAGUUUACAGAUACUGCCAGGUCGUAUAGAGGCUGUGCAAUACCCCGAUGGGCUAUCGCUUAAAGUGGUCAUUCCAUUCUCCAUAUGCCGUGACGUUGACAGCCUAGUAUUUUGUUCCAAGAUGACUGCUUUGUUACAGGAGUACGGCCGUUCGGCCGGAAGCAUAUUCUCACUCCUCCAGGGACCACUGUUCCCAGUGGAUGUUCCGGGUCCUGACGACUCACACUGGUCAGUGGAUAACCCUGAACUGGUGUCUAUUCAGGGGUCGAAUGCAGUUGCGCUGGACGUGGGCACUGCUGUUGUCAAGUACGACAGCAGUGCCAUGAAGGGUGACGCUCGCUUACAUAUUUUUAACAACAUCACCUCAGUGGAGUACCAGAUGUAUGGCAAAAGUAGCAGUGGUGCCCCUUUUGUGUCUAUGCUAGCUCACAAGGAGUUCAACGAGCCCUUUUAUAUCGGAUUCAAAUGUAUAUCGCCCAGCGGCAAUGCUAUUGAGGCUACUUCACAGGUGGACCCUCAGGUAUUGGCUGUAUGUUCUCUGGUAGCUGGCGAUCCCUGGGUCAAGCAGGUAUUCGUCUCAGAGCCCGUUUACACACGUUUUGACGGGCAUUACACCGGUUGUUUUAUAACAUUACGUGAACCCGCGGAUCAGAAUGAGUGGACGUCCUUGUCCACGGCGUUGAAGAACGCCAGCGAGUCAGUGUCAGACGUUCGUCUUGAGGUUGCGUUGUACAGCACUGUAUCGUCCGGCAGAAAGGCAGGGCAGACUCCAGGCAAUGCAACGCAACCACUCCACGUGGCUCUGCGGAAGGUCGAUAUCGCAUUAUGGCAACGGUCGUUCAAGUGGCGUUUACCGGUGUUCGUCAAGUUCGCCGAUGCCAAUGGCGUUGGUCAAGAACAAGUGUCCCUGGAGCCUGGUAAAAGCAUGCUACUAAUGGUCUACCCAUAUUAUUCACGAUGUAAGUUGGUUGUUAGCGGUAGCAGCCACUAUAAAGCGCGCAUUCAACAAUGCCAGGGGCUGCUUUGUACACUGCUGAUUGACAAUGACGGCGUAGUGGAAGGAUGCAAAGUCAGUGUUGUAUGCCAGCGUGCCACUGCGGGUACUCUGGUGAUAUCCAGUGGCGAACGCAGCGGAACAGUUGUGGCAACGGUGGCCAAGACUACAGGUCACGUUACUGAUUUCAUUCUCCUACUGUUUACUGCAUGCUUUGCAGCUGGCUUUGUGUAUCUCAUCUAUGCGUUCUCGCACAGGCCAAACUCACGGUUCUACGAGAGUACGGAGCCCAUCAAGUUGGAGCGACGUAUGCCGAACGUCUUUGAGAAGUUGUACCAAUCGGAUUACCACGGCGGGCCGGCUUCGUCCACCACGAAGUACUAUCAACGCCGUAAACUCUAGUUAAACUUUGAAUUGAAUUAUAAAUGCAGA